AUGAAAAAAAAAUAUAGAAAUAAUUUAAAUCCUUCAUAAUCUCAUGAAGAAUUACGUAAUUAAAUGGCUGCUGAUGGAUAAAAAAGACUUUAAUAAUAAUUAAAAUAAAUUGAAGAAGAACCUAAAUAAUAAUAAUAAUAAGGAGGAGGAUAAUUUUUAAAUAAAAUAAGGAAAGAAAUCUAUAAUUAAAAUGAUUAAAAUGCCUAUCAAGAUAGAAUCAAAAGAAAUAGACAUUUCUAAGAAAGAUUUAAUGAAUGA